UUAUAGGUUUUUAUCGCUAAAUUUCCCAACUCAUCGGCCAAAAUAUUGGGGUACUGAUGAUGGUACUGACACCAGUCGCGAGUCGCGCGAGUCCUACCCUGUUGGAUCACCAUCUUGGAUUUCAGAUUUCAUGUUUGUUUAUGACUUUAAUGAGUUUAUGUUCUCGCGUUCUCGGUGUCGGUUCUCGUUUUCAUAUUAUUAUAAGAAGAGGGAUGUAAAAAAUGUUUUAUUACGAUUGACCGAUUUUGAAUUUUGUAUAUUUUCAAUAAUAUAUUGAUUAAGUUUAUAUGUUAGCUAUGGAUAUGGAAUUUAAAGCUGAAAUUAAGGAAGAGUUGGUUGAGUACAACCAAACAGAUAUGGAGAGCCAGCUAUCCACAUCCAUAGAUCUGGAAACCUUCAAAAAUGAACUAAUGGAAGAUAACUCCCCUGAAAUGGGACUAAAAGCUGAAAUAAAAGAAGAGUUGGCAGAGGAGGAUCACCUAUUUACAUCUCCAGAUCUUGAAGACUCGGUUAAUAAAGCAGAUGAAGAUAACUCAGGAUUUCCUCAGAAAGGAAUGGAAUUCAUGAAAACUGAACUGGCAUGCACUACAGAACAACAAAUAGAUGCAAACACUGAAGAAUCAACAUCAAAAAAUUCCAUUUGUAAAUGUAAAAUUUGUUUUAAGCAAUUUAACAAAGUUUUGGAACGUCAUAUAAAGACGCACACUCCAAAAAAGCUGAACAAGUGUGAAAUAUGUUUUAAGCAGUUUAGUCAAGCAAAAAAUUUGAAAAGUCAUUUGAGAGUGCACACUGGAGAUAAGCCUCACAGGUGUGAAAUUUGCUUUAAGCGGUUUAGUCAAGCAAAUAGUUUAAAAUUCCAUUUGAAAGUUCACACUGGAGAAAAGCCUUCCAAGUGUGAAAUUUGUUUCAAGCAGUUUAGUCAAGCAAGUAGUUUGAAAAUACAUUUGAGAGUGCACACUGGUGUAAAACCUUACAGGUGUGAAAUUUGUUUUAAGCAGUUUAGUCAAGCAAAUAGUUUGAAAUUCCAUUUGAGGGGGCACACAGGAGAAAAACCUGAGAAGUGUGAAAUUUGUUUUAAGCAGUUUACUCGACCAGAUCAUCUGAAACGUCAUUUGAGAGUGCACACUGGGAAAACUGUCUUACAAGUGUGAUAUUUGUUGUAAGUAGUUUACACAAACAGGUCAUUGUCAUUACCAGAAACCAGGCCGAAAUUCUGGACCUUACCAGAAACUCCAGAAAUAACAACCGAAAAUGUAAUCCUCACAACGAAGGAAAUUACUAAUGCGUUAGAAAAACUGAAAAACCGCAAAUCUCCAGGACCGGACAAAAUUGGCGAAAAACGAAAUGUGGCGGAAACACAUUAACUGAACAACUUUCGGGACAUACAAUACCUAAUAGCUGGCGCACUAGUACAACAAUUUUAAUGUUUAAAAAGGGUGAUAAAACGGUACCCGAAAACUACAGUGGAAUAAACCUGCUUACUACCGCUUUGAAAUAGACCACAAAAGUCAUAACCACCAAUCGUCGAGGAAAUGAAACUGGAAAAAUGGCAAAACCUCGCAAUUUUUUCGUCCAGCAUCGAUUUGUACAAAAAUUUGGGAUUAGGCUCAUUACACCCUCUAGUUCAUUUUCUAUAUUGAGCCGUUGUGCGCUUUUGUGUUUUUAGGGGUGAAAACCACCCCUAAUCGUAAAAAAUUAUAUAAUAACAUUUUAAACUUUAAUAUUUGUCAAUAUUUGCUUCUUAUUAGUUACCUAUUGAUUUUUUUAUGCUUUAAGAUAUAAUAUCAUAAUAUUUCAACCCUUAAAACCACCCUUGUUGGAGCUAUACAUAAAAAAUUUACUUAUCCUAAAAGAAUAAUUUCGGCUUGCAUCAACUUACAUAAAAAUUUGGGGUUAGGAUCCUCUUACCCUGUACUUCAUACUCUAUAUCAUGCUCAAGGGCGUUGAUUAUUUUUAAGAAGAUAAUUUAAUAGAUCUAUACAGACAAAAACGUAGAAUUAAAGAAUUACAAAAACAUUUAUUAAUACAAAAAUAUGAAUUCACAAAUGUAAAAAUUCACAAACAAAUAGUUUUUUAGUCAUCAUCCAGUAUACGAACCGGUUCUGUGGUAUUAUAUACAUUGAAAAUGCCCUAUAAGGGGACUAUUCGAAUUUUUUGAAAAAAAAUUAGUUUUAUAAACAUAGCUCCUUCAUUUUUGGCGAUAAAAAGUUUUUUCAAUCAUGGUUUUGUAGGAUUUUUGAAGAGAUAUAAGACUGUGUAAGUUAAAUUCCGUAAGAUCCCUUAAUUUUUAAUUGAGGUGGGUUUAAAGGGCUCGAAUAAGGGGGUAUUUGCUCGUAAAUAAAUGUUUUAAACAGCUAUAUCUUGCUUACUAUUCACUGUAAUGAAAAUCUAUGUAUAAGGAAAUUUUAAUUAUUAAAAAAGUUACAAUUUAGUAGUCUAUCAUUUUUUUAUCUCCAGUAUUUUCGGAGAUAUUUUGAAGAAAAUCAUAAAAAAUGCGAAAUUGCAAAAAAUCAAUUUUUUUUAAACUCCAAUUUUUCUAUAAUUAGGCCUUUUAUAUAGUUCAAUCUUCUUGGGUGUAUUAAUAAUAUAAAUAUAAAAGAAAUUGCAGAAAGCCGAAGACCAAUUUUUAAUUACGAGGGUAGUUAGGGGGUUGUUUCCACUGUUUUUUUCGUAGAGAAAAACAAGUACCGACUUUUUUUAUCAUAAGUUGCUCAAUUUUUAUGCUAGAACCUUUUUAUUAUUUUUUUUUGAAAGAUCUUAUUGUAUGCUUGAAAAACAUUAUGUAAGUUUUCCUGGAAAAAUGCAAAGUUUUUCCGUUAUUUGGCUUUGAUUAUUUCAAAUUUGGCAUUUGACGAAAAAAGCUAACCUUUAACAUGCCGUAUCUCGGUUUGUAUUGGUCGUAAAAAUGAUAUAGAAAAACCGUUUGGUUUGUGUUACUAAAAGAUACAAUUUUGAUAUCUACAGUUUUUUUGAUUAAAUGCAUGUUUUUCGAGUUAUUCUUAAAAAAGUCGAUUUUUCCGUCGAAAAACUGUUACUUUCAACCACGAAUAACUCGAAAAAUAUUAGUUUUACGAAGAAAAUGUAAAAAACAUUCUUAGAUAGAAUCACUUUUUACAUCGACUUACAUGGUUAAAAUGUAAUAAAAAAUUCCCACCCCCAAGAUGGGGUGGCAACACCCCUAAGGUUUUAGCGUACAGCGGCAUGAUAUAGAAAAUAAUCCUUGGACUAUUUCCUACCUUCUGUGAAAAUUUCAAGUAAAUCCAUGCUGGACGAAAAAAUUGCUAGCCAAAAUGCUUCAUUUCCUCGACUACAAAAUCACCAACGAAAUAGAUCUAGCAGAUGAACAACAAGGCUUUAGAUCCGGACGAUCCUGUAACGAUGCAGUUUUUGUCGUCAGGCAAGUCAGAGAAAAAUCAGUAGAAUAAAACGUCCCGGCUUACUGUUGCUUCAUAGAUCUACAAAAGGCAUUCCCGUGUAGAGAUGAAUGACGUAAUUCACCUGUUAUAUAAUCGAAACAUACCGUCAGUUGCUAUCAAGACUACGAAAACAUAUACAGCAGGAAUAGCAUAUAGGCCAGAAUUAAUAACAAACUAACACAGCCGAUACCAGUGGAAAGAGGUAUACGUCAAGGAGACUCAUUGAGCCCGCUGCUGUUUAAUCUCAUCAUGGAUGAAAUUAUUUAUAAAGUCAAAAACCUGAGUAUAGGGUACAUAAUGGGUGAAGAAAUUAUCUCUAUAGUAUGCUAUGCAGAUAAUGCCACACUUAUUGCAGAGAGUGAAGAUGACCUUCGGAGACUUUUAUAUCACUUUAAUAUAACAACACGAAAGAUCCACAUGAUAAUAUCACCAAAUAAAACAAAAAGUAUGGUAAUCUCUAUAGAUCCCAUAAGGUGCAAGCUGGAAGUGGACAGCAAAUAAUCCAGCAAGAAAGAAGUAAUAGCUACCUGAGAGUGCUAAUGCACAGUUAUGGAGACACAGAAGCGGAAGUUGUCCAACAAGUAAACAAAUAGCAGGAUGUCUUAAACACACUAUCUGGCGCAACACACAUCUGCGGACAGAAACAAAGGCCAAGAUCUAUAGGACAGUAGUUAGGCCAAUUAUGACUUACACUGCGGAAACAAGACCUGACACCACAAGGACAAAAAGACUGAUGGAAACGUGUGAAAUGAAAAUACGAGAUAUCACAGGAAAAUCAUUAUGGGAUAGACAACGUAGCACAGACCUCAGGCAAAGCUGUAAUAUGGAGACUAUAAAUGACUGGACACUGAAAAAAUAAAAGAAUGGUAUAGCCGUAUAAGCAGAAUGAAAGAAGGAAGACUGGUAAAGAUAGCACGAGAUAGAUCACCAAACGGCCGAAGGAGUACAGGAAGGCCAAGGAAGAGAUGGAGUGACAACAUGAAUCAGCGGCGGAUCCAGCAUCGUUAAGAGGGGGGGGGGCGAUUGACUAAAAUGAAAAUCGGAUCGAAGAACUGAAAAAUACCUAUUCAGUAAUUUUUAAAAAUCUAUCGAAUGACACCAAAUACGACCCCCUACUCCAACCCCUGGAGGUGGGGUGGGGCUCAAUUUAAAAUCGUAAAUGGAAACCCCCAGUUUUUAUUGCAGAUUUGGAUUCCUUACGUAAAAGUAAGCAACUUUUAUUCGAGACAUUUUUUCUAUUCUAUAGAAAUAGAAUAAUAUAGAAACAGUCUGUCUCGAGAAAUACACUUCCAAAUGAAAAACUAAAAAACACGUGUUAAAUAUUUUUCAAAAACCUAUCGAAUGGCACCGUGUCGUGUUUGGUGGCAUUCGAUAUGAUUUUGAAAAAUAUUCAACUUGUGUUUCUUGAUUUUUCAUUUGAGAGUGUGUUUCUAUAGAUAUUAAACAAUUUCUAUAAAUUACCCAUGGUAUCACGAUAAAUCGUUUUUCCAAUUAUAGCGCCAUCUAUCCAGAAUUCUAAAAAAUGUCUCGAAUAAAAGUUGCUUAAUGAAAUGAAUGUCGACUCGAUUCAAGUUCUUUGUUUAACCCAAAAGGCACCGUUAGGAAAAUAUUCCAAUUUACGGUUCAGAGAACCCGUAUGAAUCGAGUCUUUGUACUCGUAAUGCAGAGUAUGGCAUUAGUAAAAUAGAAAAUCUACGGUUUCGUUUUGAUUUAAAUUUGUCUCCUGCCAUCCCCCGAUAGUACUAUUUCUAGGUCUACCCGUUGUCAAGGAGGCUCUGCAGAAAACAAAUUUUCACCAAAACGUCCGUAGUUCUUUAUAAAAUAAACUACUUAUACCGCAGUAUGGUUAGAACGCCCUCUAACGGGGAAUAGGUAAAAUGAAUGUCGACUAGAUUCAAGUUCUCUGUUUAACCCAGGUAUGACCAUAAGAAAAGGCACCGUUAGGAAAAUAUUCCAAUUUAUGGUUCAGAGAACCCGUAUGAAUCGAGCCUUUGUACUCUAAUACAGAGUAUGGCAUCAGUAAAAUAGAAAAUCUACGGUUUCGUUUUGAUUUAAAUUUGUCUCCUGCCAUCCCCCAAUAGUACUAUUUCUAGGUCUACCCGUUGUCAAGUACGUAACCCGUUACUUUUACGUAAGGAAUCCAAACCUGCCAUUAAAACUGGGGUCUCCAUUAAAUAUUUUAAAGUUACCCCCAUCCCACUUCCAGGGGGUCGUGUUUGACAUCAUUUGAUAGAUUUUUAGAAAUUAUUGAACACAUAUUUUUCAUUUUUUCGAUCCGAUGUUUAUUUCGCGAAAUAUUCAACGGUUCCGCUACUUUUGGGUUGGGACACCCUAUAUAUAAAGUCGAUGAAAUAAAAAUAAAUGUAUGUAGUGAAUUAUCAUUAAAAUUUAAAAAUCCUACAAAAUGAGACUUUAUAAGUUAACAACUUACAGUAGUUUCGGAAAUGUAAUAAUGAAUUAACCGAAUGUAAUUUUCAAAAAAUCAAAAUACUUUCCUUUUUUCAAGGCAAAAAAAUUCAUGUCGAAAUAUUUUUAAUUUUGUUUCGUAAUGGGAAAGUAAAUCAUGUGACACCUCAUUUCAAAUCGUUUGAAAUACCGAUUACAAAAAUGUAUAAUACGUACAUACAUGCGCAAAAUUUUGGUCAAAUGAUUUUUAAACGCAUUCAUUUUUUUUUCGAAUCCUGAGAAAACUAAUACGAGAAUCUUUGAAAAAUUUAAACGCAGAAUAAAAUAUUACAUUAUUACCGAGGGCCGAAAGUCCAUUAGAAUAAACAAAAAUUUCUUUUGAAUGAUAUAUUUGAAAUUAGCACGCUAGCGGACAGAACGUCUAUAGACGUCUAAUUUCCAUUGAUAUAAUGUGACAUAACGUCUAUAGACGUUACAUUUUCCCCUAUUCUAGUUUGCAAAAUACAUAUAGUGUCACAACACUUGCUUAUACAUUUGACGUACUGUCUGUCAACGUGUUAAAAAUCAUAAAAAAUGAAUGCAUUUAAAAAGCAUUGGACCGACAUUUUGCACAAGUAUUGCCUAUACAUUUUUGUAAUCAGUAUCUCAAAAGCUUUUAAAUGAGGUGUCACAUGAUGUACUUUCCCAUAUGAAGUUUAAAAUUUAAUUUAUUACCAUCAUUGUGGAUGAUUGCAUCUUGCAUCCCGCGACAUAAAUGACUAUCUAUCGUACUCGUGGAGAAAUACUCACUUACUCACUUCUGUCAAACGUGAUAUAAAAUAAACUUAUAUAAUAUACAAGACAUACAUUUGUACUUUUUCCAUAAAACUCUCGAAAGUAGAAUUGGUAUUCACUGCAUCAUCGUUGAUUUGUAUCGGACACACUGAAAAAUCGCAUGACUUGUUUUGAAUGCUCUCAGAACUUAAAUUUGAUCCAAGAUCAGUAGGUCUCAUAGUAUGAUCUGUCUGAUAAGAUGUACCUUGUACAUAUUUAUUAUCAUCAUUACUAUUAAUAUUAUCACGCAAAUUACGUUGAUUUUUAAAAAAAUAAUCAGUUAUAUUGCGACAUUUGAAUUUUUUACUUUUUAAGUUCUCGGUAGAAGCUUCUGAUUUCUUUCGUUUAUUUGACAUCUUAUAACUCUUCGUAAAUCACAAACUGUGUAUAUUAAUAUAAAAAAAGAAGAAUAAACUCAAAAUACUAUUAAUCACGCUAACAAUUUACAAACUAAGAUCUGUACGAAUCAGUAUUAUGUAGAGAUGUUACUUGCAUCGAUACCCAAAUACCCAAAAUACACUAAUUACUAAUAAUUAAUAAGGGUGCUCUUUUUUCGUGGUCAGCUAUGGACGUGUGAACAUAUUUAUAUUUUCGGCGAAUUAAUAUAGUUUUUGCUAGUCGCGCAAUUUUCGAGAGAUUUUCGGUGAAUCUGUUAUCUGCAAACGAUUUGCAUAUAUUUUUUUAAAUAUAUGCUUAUUGUGAUAAUUUUUAAUUCAUAAUUUAUAAGGAUUAUAAAUUACUCAUUUCCAAAUACACUGGCGUCACUGGCCCGUUUUAGCCAAGUCCCAUACUAAUAAAAUAUAUUUAUAUGUAAUUCAUAAUCCAUAUAAUAUUGUAAUUUUAAAACAUGUAUAAUUAUCCAUUUGAAAAAAUAAAUGAAUGUUUUUGUAA